AUGCAGCACAAUUCCAUCCACUGGUUUCGGAAAGGUCUCCGGCUACACGACAACCCGGCGCUGCUGGCAGCGGUCAGGGAUUCCCGCUGCCUUCAUCCCCUCUUCAUCCUCGACCCCACCGACGCGCCACCAGGCGCCAACGCCCGCCGGUUCCUCCUCGAUUCCCUGUGGGAUCUGGAUGGGAACCUGCGGAAAAUGGGUUCCAGGUUGCUGGUGGCAUGGGGUUGCCCACAGGAGGUGUUCCCCCGGCUCUUCCACGCGUGGAGGACCACGAGGUUGACCUUCGAGGUGGACACUGAACCAUCCGCCCGGCGCCGUGACGCUGCCGUGGCCGAGCUGGCGGCCCAGCACGGUGUGGAGGUGAUCCAGGAGGUGUCCCACACCCUCUAUGACACCCAGAGAGUCCUCGCCCUGAACGACGGCAAAGCCCCCCUGACCUACAAGCACCUGCAGAAGCUCCUGGUGUCCCUUGGACCACCGGAAAAGCCGGUACCGGCGCUCACACAGGAGCAUCUUCAGGGUUGCCACACCCUGUGCCAGCUCAGCCAUGACACCAACUACGACGUCCCCACCUUGGAGGAGCUGGGCCAGGACCCCAAUGAGGUGGGUCCUCACCUCUACCCCGGCGGUGAGACAGCGGCGCUCGCCCGGCUCGACACCCUCAUGGAGAAGACGACCUGGGUGUGCAGCUUCAAAAAGCCCGAGACAGAACCCACCUCGUUGAUCCCCAGCACCACCGUCCUCAGCCCCCACCUCAAAUUCGGCUGCUUGUCCGUCCGCACCUUCUGGUGGCGGCUGGAUGAGAUCUACCAGGGGCACUCCCAGCCCCCCGUCUCCUUGCACGGACAGCUCCUCUGGAGGGAGUUUUUUUACAUGGCCGGAGCUGGAAUUCCCAACUUUGACCGGAUGGUUGGCAACCCCAUCUGCUUGCAGGUCAACUGGGAUGACAACCCCCAGCAUCUCCACGCCUGGAGGGAGGGCCGGACGGGCUAUCCCUUCAUUGACUCCAUCAUGACCCAGCUGCGCACCGAGGGCUGGAUCCACCACCUCGCUCGACACGCCGUUGCCUGUUUCCUCACCCGUGGAGAUCUCUGGAUCUCCUGGGAAGAAGGUUUGAAGGUCUUUGAGGAGCUUCUGCUAGAUGCCGACUGGUCCCUCAACGCCGGUAACUGGUUGUGGCUGUCGGGCAGCGCCUUUUUCCACCGUUACUUCCACGUCUACUCGCCCGUCGCCUUCGGCAAGAAGACAGAUCAGGAUGGAGCAUACAUUCGAAAAUAUCUCCCCAUCCUCAAGGAUUUCCCCGCCGAGUAUAUCUACGAGCCCUGGAAAGCACCACGGGCCGUGCAGGAGAGAGCAGGAUGCCUGGUGGGCACCCACUACCCCCAACCCAUCGUGGAGCACGGGGUAGUGAGGGAGAGGAACAUGGGGCGCAUGAAAGCAGCUCGUGCCCAGAAAGGCACCAAGCGGGAGCCACCAGCCGACCCCUCGGUGGACAAAUCACGAAGGAAAAAGCCCAAAGCCGAGCGGUGCUGA